AUGCCUCGACUCAAGGCUGCCACCGUCUCGGACCAGACUGUACGAAAGCGAAAGCGGAAAUCGCGAGAUAAUGAUGAGGAAGCGACUACAGCGGCGUCAGCUGCAGAAGGCGAGGGGGUGAAGGAGGUUCACAGGAUCGUUGGACCGGAUGGUUCAAUGAUCGAUCCCAACGCGCCCGACCCAGCCACGACCACUACGAGCGUCCCCACGAAGACACACGAUGGAGGAAAGAAGCCGCGGCGAGCGCCCAAGAAGACUGGUGCCGGUAAACCAGCUCUUGCGCGCAACAACUCGUCCACCCUGGUCGAAACGUCGAUACCAUGGCCAGAGCACUUCACGAAGCUCGCCCAAGUCCACCGCGCCGUAAACCUCGUCUACACAUUCCUCUGCACGCGCAAGCACCUCGCGACGACCCUCGAAAACCUGCGCAGCACCGUCGAAGCGAACAUACAACGAGAGCUAGUUAUCGAAGAUGUAGCGCAAAUCACCGCCCUGAUACCCAAAGCCAUCAACUUCGCCUACGUUGACGAGGCAAUGCUACAAAUCAACUUGAUGGGUUCAGAAGAUAAUCUGCACGGCAGACGGACAACCGACUUCGCGAUACUGGAACCCGAACCGGAUAAAGGCGAGCAUAAAGAGGUGCUGCUGUUUGAAUUCAUCGACGGUGAUUUGAAGCGCCAGGUGCAACAUAAGAAAACGGGAGAACCGACGAAGGCUACGACGAAGUUACGGAAUGAGGAUCUCAAGAUGCCGGUGUAUAGUCAGAAGCAGAUGAUGAAUUUGAUUGAGAAGAGGAAUGUCAAGUUUACGUCGGCGGUGAAUGCGUUUUUGAAUCAGUGUGCUGAGGAGGGGGUGGAUUCGGUUGAGAAGAUUAUGGAGGUUUCAAAAGCAUUUGUUCCUGUGGAGGCUGCGAGUCGGCACUCUACACCCGGUCCGGAUAGAGCGCUCAUACCAGCUUCCAUACCCGCGGAGCGAAAGCCUAUUCCUGAUAUCUUGAACGAGAUCAAGACGAUGGAGUGGUACACUGGGCAGAUCGUGCCAGACGGCCACCGUGUUUUCGACCCACAAGAAGCUGUCUUCGGCGACUUGAACUUCGCCAUGUCGCAGAACCUCGUCAAUGCGCUGUAUAACACGAGGAACAUUACUCAGCUUUACGCUCACCAAGCGGAGGCUAUCAACAAUCUUUAUGACGGGCAUAAUGUCAUUGUGUCUACUUCGACAAGCUCUGGUAAAUCAUUGAUCUACCAGAUACCGGUCUUGCAUCAGCUGGAACAAGAACCUAAUACGAGGGCUAUGUAUAUCUUUCCGACGAAAGCGCUAGCGCAGGAUCAGAGGAAGAGUAUGAAGGAGCUGUUGCGGUUUAUGCCGGGGUUUGAACAAGUCCUAGUUGAGACAUUUGAUGGCGAUACGCCGAUGAGUGAUCGUAAUUACAUCCGGGAUGAGGCACGCAUCAUUUUUACAAAUCCGGAUAUGCUGCACAUUACUAUCCUGCCGCAAGAAGAUGCCUGGCGGACGUAUCUUCAGAACCUAAGGUUCGUAGUGGUGGACGAACUGCACGUUUACAACGGACUGUUUGGAGCACACAUGGCGUUCAUCAUGCGUCGUCUACGCAGGAUAUGCGCGGCGUUGGGCAAUCGACAUGUCAAGUUCAUCUCCUGCUCGGCUACAGUCGCGAAUCCUGAAGAGCACAUGAAGACUAUCUUCGGUGUUGACGAAGUCAAACUGACGGACUUUGACGGAUCUCCUUCCGGGCGUAAAGAGUUCUUGUGUUGGAACACGCCGUUCAAGGACCCUGGUGACCCUACAUCUGGACGCGGCGAUUGUAUGGCGGAGACGGCGAAACUGUUCUGUCAAUUGAUGUUGAGGGGCGUCAGAGCUAUCGCAUUUUGUCGUGUACGGAAGCAGUGUGAAGCGUUACUUGCUGCUAUCAAGACCGAACUUACCAAUCUGGAAAGACCGGAGGUCAUUGCUCGGGUUAUGUCGUAUCGAGGCGGAUAUACACCGCAAGACAGACGAGAGAUCGAACGAGAGAUGUUCGACGGCAAGCUCUGUGGUAUCGUGGCUACUAGUGCGUUGGAACUUGGUGUCGAUAUCGGUUCACUGGACGCUGUCGUUACAGUCGGCUUUCCUUAUACUAUCGCCAACCUGCGUCAACAAAGUGGUCGUGCUGGAAGGAGAAACAAAGACUCGCUAUCCGUACUAGUCGGCGACUGCUUUCCUACCGACCAGUACUACAUGUCGAACCCAGACGAGAUCUUCACAAAACCCAACUGCGCACUUCAAGUCGACCUAGAAAACAUGCUCGUCCUGGAAGGGCACGUACAAUGCGCCGCUCACGAGAUGCCCAUCAACGUCGAAGUAGAUACCUCCUACUUCGGCCCUCUCCUCCCCAAAAUCGCACGAGAGCGCAUGCGCUGCGACAAAGAAGGUUUCUACCACGUCAACACGCGCUUCCUCCCCCAACCCUCCCGCACAGUCGCAAUCCGCGACACGGAAGAAGACCACUUCGCCAUAAUCGACGUAACCCACGGCAAAAACACCGUACUCGAAGAACUCGAAGCCUCGCGCGCCUUCUUCACCCUCUACGACGGCGGCAUCUUCCUCCACCAAGGAAACACCUACCUCGUCAAAGAAUUCAGCCAAGAGCGCAUGCUCGCAAAAGUCGAAUAUGUAAAGGUAGACUGGACAACCCAACAACGCGACUACACAGACAUCGACCCCGUAGAAACAGAAGCUAUCCGCCGUAUCCCCGGUUCCAGGUCCAAAGCUUUCUACGGGCCUAUCAAGAUCCAACAAGUCGUGUAUGGCUUCUUCAAGAUUGAUAAGAAAAGACGGAUUCUGGAUGCCGUGCAGGUUGAUAAUCCGCCUAUCAUACUGUUUAGCAAGGGCAUGUGGCUCGACGUGCCCAAAUCCGCGCUGGAUAUCCUGAGGUCGAGGAGGUUGAACAUCGCAGCGGGCAUCCACGCCGCCGAACACGCCGUCCUAUCCCUCAUGCCCAACUUCGUCAUCAGCAUGCCCGGCGACGUCCGCACCGAAUGCAAAGUCCCCGAGAAAGAGUUCCUGGCGAAAGAAUCCACACGCAAAAGACCGGCGCGACUUACCUUUUACGACGCAAAAGGCGGUGCUAGCGGCAGCGGGAUUAGUACAAAGGCAUUCGAGUUUAUCGAUACGCUGCUUGAGCAGGCGUGUCAAAGGCUUACGAGUUGUCAUUGUCUGGAGGGGUGUAAUGAGUGCUGCAAUGAUGACGCGUGUAAACAGCAUAAUCAGGUCAUGUCGAAAGCGGGUGCUAUGGUUAUUAUCAUGUGUUUGCUCGGCCGGGAGAGUAAGAUCGAUGUUGAUAGUCUGCCGUGGGGUGAGGAGGAUGUGGAGGCUGGAUUUGAUACGGUGGUUGAGGCUGUGGGGGUGAGGAUGGCGGAGGGGAGGACGAGGGAUGGGGGGGUUUUGCCUGGGGAGGGGGUGGACGGGGAGAUGGUGGAUGGGAAGGGGGAGGAGAUGGUUAGGGCGAAAUUGGUGGAUGGCGUGUGGAUUAAAGAGGAGGAAGAGGAGGAGGAUCAUUUCUCGAGGAGUAUUCAUAUGUAUAGGGGGGAGAGGACGUUUAUUGGGGUGCAUAGGAAUGGUAAGUGA